ACCCCGCCCUUCGUGGCUCUGCGGACACCGCUUGGCGGAAGAAUGGUCGCCCCUGCAUCUGUGUUUGGGCUGGUGCUGCCUUUAAUCCUGUGGGCUGACAGAAGUGAAGGUAUUGGUUUUCACUUUGCUUCAUACAUUGAUAAUUAUAUGGUGCUGCAGAAGGAACCUGCUGGAGCAGUGAUCUGGGGCUUUGGUAUACCUGGAGCCACAGUGACAGUGACCUUGUGCCAAGGUCAGGAAGCCAUCAUGAAGAAAGUGACCAGUGUGAAAGCAGCCUCUAACACCUGGAUGGUGGUACUGGACCCUAUGAAGCCUGGUGGACCUUUUGAAGUGAUGGCACAACAGUUUCUAGGUACAAUGACCUCUACCUUGAGAGUUCAUGAUGUAUUAUUUGGAGAUGUCUGGCUUUGCAGUGGACAGAGCAACAUGCAGAUGACAGUUUUACAGAUAUUUAAUGCUACAAAGGAACUGUCCGACACUGCUGCCUACCAGUCUGUCCGCAUCCUCUCUGUCUCCCUCACUGAGGCAGAGGAGGAGCUGGAGGAUCUUGACGCAGUUGAUUUGCGGUGGUCAAAGCCCACUGCAGAAAACUUAGGCAAUGGCUACUUCACAUACAUGUCAGCAGUGUGCUGGCUCUUUGGGCGUUACCUGUAUGACACUCUACAGUAUCCCAUUGGGCUGAUCUCCUCCAGCUGGGGUGGGACACCCAUUGAAGCCUGGUCAUCAGAAAGGUCACUGAAAGCCUGUGGAAUCCUUACAAAAGGAUCGGUUAUGCAUGAUUCUGUAUCUGGUCCCAGUGAGCACUCUGUUCUCUGGAAUGCCAUGAUCCAUCCACUACACAAUAUGACUCUGAAAGGUGUGGUAUGGUACCAGGGGGAGGCCAAUAUACAUUAUAACAAGGACCUGUACAAUUGCACGUUCCCUGCCCUCAUUGAAGACUGGCGCCAGACCUUCCACAGUGGCUCCCAGGGACAGACAGAGCGUUUCUUUCCCUUUGGAUUUGUCCAGUUAUCUUCGGAUUUGUCUGUGAACAACACAGAUGAUGGAUUUCCUCAGAUCCGUUGGCAUCAAACAGCAGACGUUGGCUUUGUACCCAACCCAAAGAUGCCCAAUACUUUCAUGGCUGUGGCUAUGGAUCUCUGUGACAGGGACUCACCUUUUGGCAGCAUCCAUCCCAGGGACAAACAGACUGUGGCUUAUCGGUUGCACUUGGGAGCCCGUGCUGUGGCUUAUGAUGAGAAGAAUUUGAUCUUUCAAGGACCACUGCCUGAGAAGAUAGAACUCUUGGCUCACAAGGGUCUGCUCAACCUUACAUAUUACCAGAAAAUCCAGGUGCAGAGGCAGGACAAGAAGAUAUUUGAGAUCUCAUGUUGCAGUGACCAUCAAUGCAAGUGGCUUCCAGCUCCCAUGAACACUUUCUCUACCCAGAUCCUGACCUUGAGUAUCAACUCUUGUCUUGGCACCGUGGCUGCUCUUCGCUAUGCCUGGAGCACAUGGCCUUGUGAAUAUAAGCAGUGUCCCCUCUACCACCCUAGCAGUAGCCUGCCAGCUCCUCCCUUUAUUGCUUUCAUUACAGAGCAGGCUUCUGGACUGUCCAAUGACAGCUCCAUAUGGUCAGAUCUUAAAUGAUGACAGGUCUUAAUGUUGCUUUUGAAGGAAAUUUAUAAAAUACCUGACAGCUCCCAGCUAGCACAUGGCUAUAUAUUUUGAGAUAACUGGGGCUGGCAGACAACUUGAACUAUUUGCCUUUGUUCCCUUAUUAGCCUAAUCCUCAACACUGGACUAAUUCUGAACUACAAACUGGAUCGCGGUAUCAUACAUGUUCUAGCACUUUUGGCCCCUUUCCUCCAGAACUGUGCAAUCUCAGGGUUAGAAGGUUUUAAAGGCCACCGAAGCUGACUAGUGUUUCCUGUGUCCUCUGCAGAUUCUUUGACACGUGGCUAUUGAGUCCCUGUAACAAGUUCCUAUUAUGAAUUUUCCAAGUUUUUUUAUAAAUAUGGAACUGAAAUAUGAAAUUCUGAGUUUCAGAUAAUUGAAGACAGACUUGUUUGUAUUUUCUUUAAGCCCAAAAUAAUUCUACUCCUUCAGUCUAAAUAAUGACUAUUAAACAAACUGCCAGACCCAUGAAAGCUUAUUGGGAGAAGCUAAGGAUCCGCCUUGAGGAAUGAAGAGAAAGGGCCACAAGGGGCUACUACCCCAAGCAGGCACCCAGGUAGCAAUAACUAAGGGAUUGAGGUGGGGUUGGACCACAGGUUUAGGAAAAUAUGACAGUAGAGGUAACUAAUGCCAACUGUCAUUAGCAUGAAGUAUAAGUUUCAGGCCCUUUAAAGGCAAAAGACUUAAAGAUAGUCCACACAGGAGGAAAAAAAGGCUGAAAGUAAAGCUACACAGUAAGCUUAUAAAAAUAGUGCAGAUGAAGCAAAUAUGAAAGGGUUUUACCUAUAUUAAGAAGCAUAAUGCAGUUUACUAGUUGAUUAAAAAUAGCUGAAGAA